AUGGCUCGAGACGUUAAAAGUGUUUUUUUAGCAGCAAAUCCUCUUGCAUUUCUCAUCUCCUUCUUCCACUUGAUGGAUAGUUCUGAAGCAGUUCUUGAUAUAAUCGAGCCACAGAGGUCAACGGUCGAGCAACGGAAACGAAUAUACUUCCCUAUGAAUCUGAUAAACAAUAGCGCACGCACACUCUGUUUAGGCGGAGGAGAUGGCGCCACGUUACCUACACGAAAGUCUUUCCCUGAGUCCCUUACCAAUCUCAGAUUCUCGGAACUUUACAACCUCCCCGGCGAAGCUGUGGCGAUGAGUCCGGAAAUCUUUAGCGAAAUGAGAGACGGGAAUGGAAAAUUUCUUGACAAGUUGAGAAGCCACACAACACCAAUGGUAUGUUUCAAGACUGAUAAAGGAGAUACUGUACUUCACCUUGCAGCUUCUUUGGGUCAUCUCGAGCUAGUAAAGAGCAUAGUCUCUGAAUGCCCAUCUCUUCUUUUGGAAGUAAAUUGGAAAGGUCGGCUUCCGCUUCAUGUCGCUGCUCGUGCAGGCCAGUUAGCCGUUGUCAAGGCUCUUGUUGAGGCAGUAACGUACUUUUCAGCUAGAAUGUCUGAAGAAGAUAGGGGACUGAAUCUAUAUGUUCUCAAGGACAUAAAUGGUGAUACUGCUCUGAAUUUAGCCUUGAAAGACCUCCAUGAAAAAACAGAGCUUUUGAUGUAUCAGAAACGCUUUAGAUACCAACCAUCCAUGUUUCCCCGUGUCAGAACCAUUUCAUUUUCAGACGCAUCAACGCAUAUGAUGGGGACAGCGUCUUGGCUGGUGAAUGCGAACCAAGGUGCUUCACUUCUUGCAAAUAAAGAUGGAAUAUCUCCCUUGUAUUUGGCAGUUAAAUCUGGUAAUGUAUCUCUUGUGAGUGAAAUGUUGAAACAUUCUGGUGAAGUCCAGGGCAAUACCUCUAAUUUAGCCUCACAGUUGGAAGGGAGAAAAUCGCUAAUACACGCAGCUCUAAAGGCCAAAAAUAAAGAUGUUCUUAAAGUUAUUCUCGAUGAAGACCCAAGUCUUGUCCACGAGAGAGAUGAAGAAGGACGAACUUGUCUAUCGGUUGGUGCGUCUGUAGGGUUUUAUGAUGGUAUAAAAAACCUAUUAGAACUAUCAACCUCAAAUGUCUUUGAAUGCGACGAUGAUGGUUCGUUUCCAAUCCAUAUGGCAAUGGAGAAAGGUCAUAGGAAAGUUGUGAAAGAGAUUCUGAAACGUUGUCCAGCUUCAAAAAUGCUGCUUAACAAGCAAGGUCAAAACAUUCUUCACAUUGCAGCAAAGAGUGGGAAAGCUAGAUCAUUUCGUUUGCCUGAUAUCAAAAGGCUCGAUGCGGAUAACUAUCUGAUUCAGGAACAAGAUGUGGAUGGUAAUACACCUUUGCACCUAGCUACCAUAAUGUGGCGUCCUCGAACUGUUAGUUACAUUACUAUAGUUGCUUCGAAGAAAACAAGAAUCCUCCACAUACAGAACAAAGACGGAUUGAGACCGCUGGAUAUCGCGGAGUUAAAACUACAAUCUGACUACGUUUUGCGGGAGAGGUUGACAUUGAUGGUAUUGCUAUGCGUUUACAAACCGAGAGGCGUUGGUUGGUUACCGACAAGUGGAAUGACGCUAAGAAGCAGAUCAGAGCAUUUAGAUGCUACCAAAUACAAAGAUAGUGUUAGUGCUCUUCUACUAGUAGCAACUCUUAUAGCAACCGUAGCUGUUGCUGCAGGUUUCACAAUGCCUGGUGGAUUUAACAGCUCUGCUCCAAACUUGGGCAUGUCAGUAUUAGCAAACGACUCCACACUCUCAUAUUUUCUCUUCUUUGACACUGUGGCAAUGCAAAGCUCAGUAAUAGCAAUAGUUGCUCUUAUUUGGGCGCAAUUAGGGGAUCCAGAACUUAUUCACGGAGCUUUCCAUUUGGCGCUGCCAUCACUUUUCGUCGCCCUCUUCUCGAUGGCUUCAGCAUUUCUCUCUGGAGUUCUUGCAACAAUAAAGCAAAACAGGGAACUUACAAACGUCAUUAUCGUUAUAUCAUCCAUCUUCUAUUUUGUGGUGUUUUGUCUACUUGCACCUUACGUUAUCCCUCAGGUUCUUAGUAUUCGUUUGGUUCAACAACUCACUGAUGUUUAUCUUGGUCUUCUUGUGUGGUUUGUUAACGAAGAUGAUGACACUCACACGCGUGUGAAGAAGGUUAAGUCCGUGGAGCAAGUGGAAAAGCCGAAAGUCCUUUAA